AUGUCGUUCCCCGCCAAGUCCGUACCCCGCGUCGGUGUAUUCUCCUCUAAGUUGCACCAAGCCCACAAACCCCGCCGGAGACACUUCGCCGCACCCACCUCCCGACCAGCAACAACCCCCGCACCGCUUCAGAACGCUCAGAAUUAUGUUACCACCCUCCUUCAAAAGCACGAUUACGAUAAUUAUCUAGCGUCCCUGUUUGUUCCCGCCAGAUCGCGGGAUGCCGUUUGGGCUGUUCGCGCGUUCAAUGUGGAGACGGCGCUGAUCAGGGAGAGCGUGAAGGACUCGUUGCUGGGGAAAGCGCGGAUACAGUGGUGGAGGGAUGCUGUGGACGAUGUAUUUGCGGGCAGACCGCCGAACCAUCCCGUGACGCUGAUGCUUGCACAAGCGCUGGAGACCGCGCCCUUGUCAAAGUCGUGGUUCAAGAGGAUGCUGACUGAGAGGGAAUCUAACUUACAAGAUCCGCAAUACGCAAAGAUAGCGGACUUGGAGAAGUACGCGGAGAAUACAGCGUCCAGUCUGCUGUAUCUGCAGCUGGAAGCGCUCGGGAUACGCAAUCACGAUGCAGAACAUGCGGCGGGGCACGUGGGGAAGGCUAUUGGAAUAGCCACCUUGUUGAGGGCUACACCGUUUCAUGUGGAGGAACGGAGGUUUUAUCUCCCUUCCGAGAUUAUGGCGAAGCAUGGGCUAUCCACGGAAACAGUCUUCCGCACGGGUCCAAGCCAAGCGCUGGAAGAAGUCGUUUUCGAAGUCGCGACGGCCGCCAACGACCAGCUCAUCACUGCGCGGUCGUUUAUGACAGAUAUGCCUCCGGCGGCAAUUCCGGCUUUGCUACCUGCAGUCCCGGUCGAUUUGUUUCUACAAGCCCUAGAGAAAAACAACUUCAACUUGUUUGACGCGAAAUUGGGGAAAAAGAGUUGGAAGCUGCAUUAUCGGUUAUGGAAGGCUGCCAGAAGCUUGACGAUAUGA